GUCCUGGGGUGGCUGUGAUUGCCCUUGCUUGGACAGAAGCCUCUUGCAGACAGCCGGUGUCUCACAGAGGAGGCACUGUGGAGGUGCCCGGGUUCCCCAAGACUGUGGAGAAGAUGGUGGGGGUGCAGAUGUUCUGGCCGAAAGCCCUGUGUGAGGACAGCUGGAGACAGUGGGGACCGAGCUGCAUGUGGGACACAGGUGCUUGCAGGAGCCUGGCAGCUGCCUGCAAGGGUCUUGGUCAGGGGACAGCUGGGGCCUCCCUGGGGUCUGAGUGCAAACAGGAGAACUCAGCUCUGCUCAAGGCCUCUCCACACAGCCUCCUGGGCCCCUCAGGCACGUGCUGAGUGACAGUGUCACCAGUAAGAGGUGUUCUUCGUUUUGGAGGUGAGUUUUAUUUAUUUAUUUUUGAGACAGAGUCUUGCUCUGUCGCCCAGGCUGGAGUGCAGUGGCGUGAUCUCGGCUCACUGCAACCUCUGCCUCCUGGGUUCAAGCAAUUCUCCUGUCUCAGCCUCCCGAGUAGCUGGGACUACAGGCGCCCACUGCCAAACUCCUGACCUCAGGAGAUCCAUCUGCCUCAGCUUCCCAAAGUGCUGGGAUUGCAGGCGUGAGCCACCGCACCCGGCCGUGAGUUUAUUUUUGCUAAUUUAUCAUUCGCAGUUUAACCCUAAAGCCCUUGUAAUGGUUCUCAUCUCUAGGUUGAACGUUGAUCACCUGAGAGACUUGGAUUCUCUUCAGCCUUAGCUGUGUAAGGAUAAAGGACAUCCUCAGGCCUGGGAUCAUGUGUGUGCAUUCAGUUGGGAGCCAGCUGGCUCUUGUGUAGGCCGGAGCUAGAGACAUCUGGCUGGAGGUCACGGCUGGCGCAGAGGGUGUGGGUGGACAGUCACUCAGGCCUGCGGAGGAGGACGAGGGUGCUGUCACGUGGGCCGAGAAGGCUGCUGGAGAGCAGCUGUCCCUGGAUGUUCCUUGUGAGAGGGGAGCCCUGGAGGGUCCCAGCCUGUCUUGUGGUACCAAUGGCAGGGCCUGUGGUGGUGGUCAGUCACUGACCCACAGCUCUGCCCACCUGCACAUGGGGCCUGUGCUAGGCCUUGUGGUCUGCCUGCCCUGCUCCUGAUGAGUGAGAAUGGCUGGGGUGGGAGAUCCCUGCCUGCACGUGGGGUGGUCCUAGUAGACCAGAAUGUGGGUGUGGGUCCCCCUUUCCUGUGGUUCUGGGGACCUUGAGGACAUGGUCAAUCCCGGGCAAGGGACCUGCCACCCCCGUGUGGGGUCAGGAACUGCUGGUUGGUCUCUGCUCGGCAGGCAACCUGGGGUCCAGCUCAAAUUGUUGGAAUCUGGAAGUCCUUCCUCUUGCCCCGUCCUGAGGAGCAGCUGCAGGAGCCUCAUCAGUGUUUUCACUAAAACUUAUGGAGGAGUUUCCUUUGAUCUCUCGUGGAGAGAUGGAAGCAUGAGGGAGCCUUCAAAAUUUAUUCUGAAGAUGAAGAGAGUCCUGCAGCUUUUUGGAGUUUGUAAAGUCAGCCCAGCCCUGUACAGAUGUGGAAACUGAGGCCUAGGAAGGAAGCACUUCUCUGACUUCAGAGCUGAACAUGGCCAGUGCUUGGUGGGCAUUGAGGGGUCACACAGAAAAGAAUGUGUCAGGCCAUGUUCAGGGGAGACUUCCUGCAGGGCCCUUGGAAAGUUCCAGAGCCCUUACAUUGUCCAUGUGUGAGUGUCUCCUCUUUCUUGCCUGUGUGGGGUUUUCUCAGAUGCUUUGAGUUGGCCAAACCACAGUUGUGCGCCACUUGACGGUAGGGAUACGUUCUGAGAAACACCUCGUUAGGCGAUGUUGUCUUGCAAAUAUUAAAGAGUGCAUUUACACAAGGCUGGCAGGCACGGCCUCCUGCACCCGCAGGCUGUGUGCCCUGGUGCCAGAGCCUGGGGCUCCUGGGCUGCAGACCUGCACAGCCUGUCACAGCAUUUAAUCACAUCCAAACACAGAAAAGGCAAAAACGUAAAGAUGCAGUGUUAGAAUCCUAGGGGACUCCUGUCACCUAUGUUGUCUGUUCUUGACUAUUGUGUGAGUCACUGACUUUUCCCCCUGGGAAACUACCUUGUCUUCAACUGAAAUUUUUUCAGCCUGCAAAGAUGAGUUGUGCCUCAGAGGUUGCUCUUAUUCUGAGGUGUCUCUUCACCACUGCCUGUCAGGCUGCUAACCAGAGUGCCUGCCCCAGACCACAGCAGAAGCGACAGCAGCCAAGGAUCGGGGGAGCCCACCCUGCCUGCUCCCAGGUAUCUUUACCGCAGGCAGCAGAGUAACAGCCUCAGACUUGACCUCCCCAGCCAGAGACCCCUCAGCCCAGGAGGAGUGAGGCCGGGCCAGCGGCGGGGGCCCAGGAAGCCCCAUGUCUUGGGACCUGCUGGGGCAUAGGGCCCCCUGGAUGUCAGGCUACAGGUCCGGCAGCUGGGGAGGGGAUGAGGGCCUCCCGCCAGUUCUGCCCAUCAGCCAGAUCCCUGAGAGAGGCAGCACUUGCUGACCACGGUCGGCCCCAGUCUCACCUGGCUCCCCUCCCCCACCAGCUGGGCCCUGUACUGCCCCAGCCCACGCAGCGCCUCACCCCUCCUUGACAGAGCAGUAUCUCUGGGACUGGCAAGUUAAUCCAAGACCCACAGUAGCCCUGGAUCCCCUGGGAGAGGUGGCUGCUCAGCUCCAGGGCCAGCUUGGAGGAGCCAACUUCAAAAGCCUCCGCCUGGCCUGCCCCUCUGCAGUCGUCCAGGCAGCCUGUCCAGGGAAGCGGUUGGCUGGCGUUGGACCUGGUGCGGCAGUGCACACCCCAUCCGAGGACCCCAGGAUCAUGUGUGUGGCCUGCCGGCGGGAGUGAGGGAGGGCAAGACCCUGAAAGGCCCAUGGUACCCCCCAAGCCUGCACUCUGGGCGCUCCUGCUGGCGCUGCUGGGGACCGCGCCAAGCCGCGCCUAUUCCCCGGCCUGCAGCGUCCCCGACGUGCUCCGCCACUACCGCGCCAUCAUCUUCGAGGAUCUGCAGGCCGCCGUGAAGUGGGGCGGGGCGGGGGCCGAAAAGACCAGGCCAGGCUCCAGACACUUUCAUUUCAUACAGAAAAACCUGACUAGACCCGGGAGCUCGGGACGGCGGGGACGGCCUCGGGCCUCCUGUGGCGCCCAGAAGGAGCACAGUAUCCUCCUGUCCAUCUCGUCCCUGGGUCGGACCCUGCGCGGGGCGGUGGCCGGGGGCCGCCGCGGGGCCCUGGAGAGAGCUGCUUGGACCGUGGCUGUGCGCACCGAGGCGGUGAUGCGGCGCCACUGCAGGACGCUGCGCCAGCGGAGCCGGCGGCCCAAGAUGCGCCCUGCCCGGCGUCGCGGCGGCCGAAGGCAGCUCCUGCUGCGCGCCCUGGACGCCGUCGCCACCUGCUGGGAGAAGCUCUUCGCGCUGCGCGCCCCGGCCUCCAGGGGCUCCUAGCGCGGCCCGUCCUGGCCCUGCCUCCAGCGCCCUGCGCCGGGAGGAGAACCAGCGGGGCCGCGGCAGAGCCUGGAGACGCGCCUCGUUUUGUCGACUUGUUGGUGACCUCGGCCCCUCGCCCGACGCAGCCCGCGCUCCCCGGAGGGCCCAGGACUUGGAGAACGGAGCGCGCCUGGCCGCCGCUGGGACUCGGAAGAGGCCCGCCCUCCACGUGCCGAAGGCCUCAAUAAACGGAGCUGGCGCUGCGGGUUCGGCA